UGAAAGAAGAAGAAAAAGAAUAUGGCAGCUGUUGAGUUAACAGUAUUUCAGGUCAUCCUGUUGUUCUGGUCAUUGCGUACUGCAGAAUCACAGGUUAUGACAUUGCCUGGAUGUGAAUCUUAUUGUGGACGCAUUGGUAUUCCAUAUCCCUUUGGAAUGAAAGAAGGAUGUUACCUAGACGAAAGGUUCAAAAUACUCUGCAACCCCAGUAGUGGAGUUCCUAAACUUACUGUAAACGGCACUGAUCUGGAUGUCAAUUACAUCUCAGCCUAUGACAGUACGAUUGAGGUCAUGUUUCCAAUUGUUUUUGCAAAUUGUAGUGGCAAAGAUAGAAACACAGUUGUUGACUUGGAAGGAAGCCCUUUUGUUUUCUCCUCCGGGAAUUACUUCAUUGCAAGGGGUUGUGACAAUCUUGCCUUGAUGACCCAAAAUCAAUCUACUAUUGGUGGGUGUGUGUCAAUUUGUGACAAAAACCGUGAUAGCAUGAUAGCUAGCUGCAGUGGGAUCGACUGCUGCCAGACCAGGAUUCCUUCAUUUCUCAAGGUUUUUAAUGUAAACAUGAAGGGGUUAGAUGAUGGAAAAGGAAGCGGUGGGGAAAAGCAAUGCAGGUAUGCCUAUUUAAUUGAUCAAACACAGAUCAAUUACGGGGGUAUUAUUAUGAUUCUUAUUUCGGAGAGAACUUUGACUAUUAUUAUGACAAGAGAGAUAGGGACUCUGUUCCCGUAGUGCUGGAAUGGGGAAUAGACGAAAGGGAAUAUGAAUCACUUGUCAUCAACAAUGGAUCG